AUGUCUGUGCUUUCGUAUGGAAAGCGGAUGAGAACAAAAAGAAUUUCCCCAGAUGAAGAGGCAAAAUAUUACUGUACACAAUCUGUCGUGGACAAAGAUGGCUUCAAGAUCAAGUUUAUAUCAGAUUACAAAGGCUUUGGAGUAUUCAGUGAAACACGUUUUAAUGCUGGAGACUUCCUGCUUCAGUAUUGUGGUGAGAGGAUAAGUGCCGAAGAAGGUAGAAGAAGACUCAACAAAAUCGGGACGGAGAAUAAGUGCUUCUUCUAUGAGUUUCAAGGAGAACAAUUAUGUAUAGAUGCUGAGGACUCUGACAGGUUGUGUCAGAUGGUAAAUAAUGCCCCAGAUACAGAUGUCAACGCAGUAAUGAAGCUGAAGGUUUUCUCUAACAGAGAAUAUCUGUGCCUCUUUGCUGUCAAAAACAUCGAGCCUGGAGAGGAACUGCUCUACAAUUAUGGUGAUAAAGAAAACCUUUGGUGGCGGAAAAAGGUAAACAAGAAAUCUUAG